UCCAAGUCUUCCAUUAACUUCCAUGGAGGAAUUCUACAAUUGGAAAGAUUUCAAUUUGAAUGAAGAAAAAAAAUUGAUAAUGAUUCGAUUAUUAGUAGAGCAUGGCAGAGAAGAUUUAAAAGGUUCGGUGUAUUGCAUUAUGCGCAAGCUGAUGACAAACCAAGUCGCAGUAAAUUUUAAUUUAAAAGGAACAAAUAGAGAAGGAGCAAAAAUUCAGAAAAAGAAAUUUCAAGAUACAAUAUCUUAUGGUCUUAUCAUUGCUGCUUUAAAGAGGCAUUCACAAGAAAGAAAAGAUAGAGGUCUCCAUUUUGUGUAUAAUAGAGAAACUACAGACUCCCAUGUUGCGAACUGGUUAAAGGAUGCAAAAAAGCGUCUUGAAAAUGAAGAGCUUAGAUUAAGAAAACAACAAAAUGAGCAAACGGAAGGCAAUGAAAGUGACUAGAAUCUAAAACUGCUGUAUUUUUGCUUUUAUUUUUUC